GACGGCGCACGCACUCCGAAUCACUUGUCAGCGCUAGUCGGAGGCGGAGGCAGCGCCGCAGCGCAGUAGAGUUUCUUUCAUUUUCUGAGAUUGGACUUUGAGCUAUCAGAGCCAUGAGCAACUACAGUGUGUCCUUGGUUGGCCCAGCUCCUUGGGGUUUCCGGCUGCAAGGUGGCAAGGAUUUCAACAUGCCUCUGACAAUCUCUAGUCUCAAAGAUGGCGGUAAAGCAUCCCAGGCAAAUGUAAGAAUAGGCGAUGUGGUUCUCAGCAUUGAUGGAAUAAGUGCACAUGGAAUGACUCAUCUUGAAGCCCAGAACAAGAUUAAGGGUUGUACAGGCUCUUUGAACAUGACUCUGCAAAGGGCAUCUGCUACACCCAAGCCUGAGCCAGUUGCGGUGCAGAAGGGAGAACCUAAAGAAGUAGUUAAACCUGUGCCCAUUACAUCUCCUGCUGUGUCCAAAGUCACUUCCACAACCAACAUGGCCUACAAUAAGGCACCACGACCUUUUGGUUCUGUGUCUUCACCAAAAGUCACAUCCAUCCCAUCACCAUCGUCUGCCUUCACCCCAGCCCAUGCGACCACUUCAUCACAUGCUUCCCCUCUACCCGUGGCUGCUGUCACUCCUCCCUCAUUUGUUGCAUCUGGACUGCAUGCUAAUGCCAAUCUUAGUGCUGACCAGCAUUCAUCUGCACUGAGCGCUGGUAAACCUGCAGUUAAUGUCCCACGGCAGCCCACAGUCACCACCGUGUGUUCCGAGACUGCUCAGGAGCUAGCAGAGGGGCAGAGAAGAGGAUCCCAGGGUGACAUUAAACAGCAAAAUGGGAAAACCCCACCUAAACGCCCACCAAGAAAACAUAUUGUUGAGCGCAAUACAGAGUUUUAUCACAUACCAACUCAUAGUGAUGCCAGCAAGAAGAGACUGAUUGAGGACACUGAAGAUUGGCGUCCACGGACUGGAACAACUCAGUCUCGUUCUUUCCGAAUCCUUGCCCAGAUCACUGGAACUGAGCAUCUGAAAGAAUCGGACACUGAAAAUACAAAGAAGGCAAAGUUUGACAGUUCUCUGGAAGACCUACCUCAGAGUGGACCUCACCUACCUGCAACUCCUCAGGUUUUACACAUUGGUAGCCAAGUAGCCACACUUUCUAAAGUAACUGCGUGUUCUAGUUUAAGAAGCUCCACAAGAAAUGUGGUGACAAGGUCUUUGGAAGGUUUUCGAAACUUUUCCCCCUUCUCUUCUCCUGCUAGAUAUAGUGCUGCAGUUCUUAGCAGUGCAGCUGCUACUGUGUCUGCUGCUCUUGCUGCAAAAACCAGGCUCUCCAGUCCUGAUAAAUAUCACUCACUCCUGGAUGCACUUUGCAUCAGCCCUGUUUCUAAGCCUUUAGCUUUUUCGUACCUCCAGUCCUCGAGGAAGUCAACGGGCUCUAUCCAUGUUAAGAAAAUAAGCAACACCCAGGAGACUUCUCAGCAGUUGUCUCCAUCAGUAGCUUCAGCACGGAGCAUGCCUGAGAGGCGGGAGAGCCCAGCCUCCACCAGACCAGGGGUGGCCGGUCUCACAACUGCUGCUGCCUUCAAACCUCCAGGACCUGCUAACAUUGUCAAGUCACCAAGCUGGCCACACCCCAACCAAGCAGCACUUUCCACUGGAAGAAUCUCGAACAGUGCAACUUCGUCUGGAGCAGUGGCACCAGCCAACUCAGUAGGGGGACAGCCCCAGCCAGGUGACCAGGACACUUUAGUGCAAAGAGCUGAGCACAUUCCAGCAGGGAAACGAACUCCAAUGUGUGCCCACUGUAACCAGGUCAUCAGGGGACCAUUCCUAGUGGCACUGGGGAAAUCUUGGCAUCCAGAAGAAUUUAACUGUGCUCACUGCAAAAAUACAAUGGCCUACAUUGGGUUUGUAGAGGAGAAGGGAGCCCUGUAUUGUGAGUUGUGCUAUGAGAAAUUCUUUGCUCCUGAAUGUGGGCGAUGCCAAAGGAAGAUCCUCGGAGAAGUCAUCAAUGCUCUGAAACAAACUUGGCACGUUUCCUGUUUUGUGUGUGUGGCCUGUGGAAAACCCAUUCGUAAUAAUGUUUUUCAUUUGGAGGAUGGUGACCCCUACUGUGAGACUGAUUAUUACGCCCUUUUUGGUACCAUAUGCCAUGGCUGUGAAUUUCCCAUAGAAGCUGGCGACAUGUUCCUGGAAGCCCUGGGCUAUACCUGGCAUGACACUUGCUUUGUAUGCUCAGUAUGUUGUGAAAGUUUGGAAGGUCAGACCUUUUUCUCCAAGAAGGACAAGCCGCUUUGCAAGAAACAUGCUCAUUCUGUGAAUUUUUGAAAGUCAACAGUUCAGGGAUAGAGAAGAAAUUUGAAGAGAAAGAGGAGAAUUGGAAUUACCAAUUAAUUUUUAGAUUUAAUAUUUAUGGGAAUUUUGAAAAAUAAUAGUGGCCCUGGAGGGAUAAAUUCCAGCUUUAAAAACCAAAUCUAUGAGGAAAUAUUUGGCUUCAUAAAGUAAAGGGACAGUUUGGCAUUUAUGAUUACUUUUUUCCUGUAUUUUCUGUCCAUAAAAUUUUUAUAAAAACCCAAUUUCCUGGUUGACUAUUAAAUUCAUCAUAGAAUAAAUUAGUGGAUAAUUAAAUUUUAGAAUAAAACCUCUAACAUCUAUGCUGAAUUAAUGAUACUUUCUUGCCUUGUUAGGUAGUUCUGAGUAAAUCUGUAAAAGGCAAUGAAAAUUGCCUUACACUCUAUCAUUAAAUGUAUUUUUUUUAAAAAUAGUGCUUAUCUUUAAAAGAGGAAAUAGGAGUUUAAAUAGAAUUUUAUCAGUAGUAGGUGUCAGUUUUUAAAAAAAACUAUGUACUUUUUUUAAUCUUACUGAUCAUUCCAGUGGGAAAACUAGUAAGAUUUUCAUCAAAAUGUGCCAUGCCAAUAAGAGAUAUUAUCUGUUUCUUUCAUCCAGCCCCCAAAAAGCCACCACAUUGCUUAUAAAUUUCAAAUUUUUGCCUAUUAUUAAAAUAUGACCAUUUCUAUUCAUUGUGUAUGUUUUAUCACCUGUAUUAGUGAAACUCCCAUUUUUUCUCCUUCCCUCAUGCUGAGGUCGAGAAUGUGAGUAGAAUAGAGUGAGGUUAGGAAUUACAGGAAGUCAGAGGACUGCAUUCAAAAAUUCUUUUUAAAAUUCUCCCCUUUUCAGACAGUGAAUCCAUUAUAUCAGUUUCAGGUUUGUACUACUGACUGAUAAAGGUUUGAGAACUGUCUUUGAAGAAUAAUUUUUUUCUUAGUCCUACAUUAUAAAAGUAAAAUAUUGGCUUGGGGAUGUGAUAAAAAUCUAAGGGUUUUUUUUUUUUCUUUCUUUCU